AUGCUCGGGUCCCUGCUGGGCUCCAAGGGCGCCGCGGCCGAGGGCGGCGGCGCCGGCUUCGGCCUGCAGCGGCGGCUCAGCCGGGCGGAGCCCCUCGAGGCGGUGCGCCUCUUCGAGCGCUUCGGGGACUCCUUCGACACCGUGCACCUGCUCACGGCCCUCCGCGUGCUGGCGCUGGCACCGGAUGCGGAGGUGCGCCGGACGCCGGCCUGGGGCAGGAUGCUGGAUCGAGCGGCGGCGCAGGCGCCGCGCUUGGCGGGCCACGACUUGACGGCUUUGGCCUGGACGCUGGUCCAGGCGAGCCAGGCGAGGGGAACCCGUGGAUCGCUUGACCGGGACCCACCGCAACUUGGGGCGAACGAAGCCCUGUGUUUGGGGGGCGCCGCGCCGCCCGCGCCGCCCGCGUCGGCCGCGGCGGCUUCCGACGCCGCGGUGCGCGGCGCGCUGCGGCGCAUCGCGGCGGACGGGGCGCUGGGGUCCAAGGAGCUCUCGGUGCUGGCCUGGGCGUUGGCCAAGUUGGGCGCCCGGGCGCCCGGCAUAGUUCCGCGGCCCGCGUGGCGCGGUGAGUUCACCGCCAUUUCGGAGCCAGAGGCUGUGGCAGCCAUCGCCCGCGAGGCGAAGCUGCGCACGGAGUCCCUGGAGAGCAAGGAGCUGGUGAACCUCGCCUGGGCCUUCUCGAAGGUCCAGCUGCGGGACGCGGAGCUCAUGGCGGGCAUGGCGCGGCGCCUGGCCACGGCAAGGAUUCUCAGCAGGCAAGACGCCGGCAAUGCGGCCUGGGCUUUUGCCAAGGCAGAUGUGGCCUGCUGGCCGUUGAUGCAGUUGCUGCGCUCCAAGUUCCUUGCGGAGGCAAACCACUUCGAAGCCCAGGAGUUGGCGAGCACCGUGUGGGCCUUCGCCUGGCUGGAGGCGGCGGACCAGGUGCUGCUGAGAGCGAUGGCGGCGCGGGCGCGGGCCGUGGUGCCGGAGCUGAACGCGGCGGGGUUGGCGCGGGUGUGCUGGGCCUUCGCCAGUUUGGGAGAAGGCGCCGCCUUCCCGGAGCUGGCCGCCGCGGCCGCGCCCCGCGUGCGCGCCAUGGACGCGCCCAACCUGGCGAAGCUCGCCUGGGCCUUCGCCCGGGCCGAGCUGAACCAAAGGCUGCGGGACAUCGCCGGCGAGGCGCAGGAGCGGGACGUGGCGUCGCUGAACCCGCGGGACGUGGAGAUGCUCAUCUGGGCCUUGGCCAAGGGGGACGUGAUGCCGCCAGAGCUCAUGGGAAAACUGGCGGAGAGGUCUGCCCAGCUGGCGCCGCAGCUGGACGCCCAGGGCCUGGCCAACUGCGCCGCGGCCAUGGCCCUGGCGGAGGUAAAGGAUGAAGCCGACGCCCUGCGCAAGCCGCUGGCAGCGCGGGCCAAGGAGCUGCUGGGGGACUUCUCGAGCCAGCACUUGUGCGACCUGCAGUGGGCCUUUGCUGCGCAGAGCUGGCUGGAGCCCUGCCUGGAGGAGGCCAUCCGCUGUGCGCCGGGCUGGGCAGAGCGGCCGCCCUACGCGCACGAGGCGCGGGCCGGGGGCAUCGCGGACUGCUUCAAGCACCUGGUGCUCGUUGCGCUGCUGCAGAGCUUGGCCCAGGAGAAGGGCGAGGCGCCUUUCUACGUGGACACCCAUGCUGGUGCUGGCAUCUACGAUCCGCAGGAGAUGCACGCGGUGAACCUGCAGCGUUUGCGCGCGGCCGAAGCUCGCGACGGGCGGCCGAGCUGCGUCGCGGCCUACCUGCGAUGCCUGGAUGCCUCGGAAGGCUACCCGGGCUCCCCACGCCUGGCGCGGCAGAUCCUCGGAUCGGCGGCCGCCGCGGUGGUCUUCGAGGCGGCGCCGCAGAGCGCGGCGCGGCUGCGGUGGGCGAUGGAGGGAAGCGGAUGGCAGGUGCGCCAGGAGGACGCCUACAGGGGUCUUCCGGAGCUUUUCGCACGCCAGCCAGAGAGGGCUCUGGUGUUUAUCGACCCUCCUUACGAGCUGUGCUUCGCGGACAACCUGAACUUCCGGUUGCUGCGGCAGCUGCAGAGCCACUGGCCCACGAGCUGCGUGGCCAUCUGGUAUCCCAUUCGAGAUGAUGCGCGGUCGCAGCGGGUGUACCGCAGGAUCGGCGCCAUGGGCCUGCGAGUGAUGGCCUGCGAGUUCUCGUUGAGCCGCAGCGCCUGCGCGAAGGGCGCCAUCAGGACCGGGAUGCUGGUGGUGCGGCCCCCCGAGACCUUGGAGCCGCAGCUGCGGGAGGCGCUGCCGGCCUUGGCGGAGAUCCUGGCGGCUGGCCCGGAGGUCUACCGCCACCACGAGAUCCGUUGGCUAUAG